GAUGUCAUGCACCUACACUUUACCGAGAUUACCGGCCUGAUGUCAGAAAUGACAUCAACAAUGGGGCCGAUUCAGGGCGAACGUAAACGAAGGUACUCUAUGCAGCAGGGAAGCUGAAUAUGGUGCUCCAAACGGAGUCUGAAAGGUUGCCAGUGAUUGCCAUGGUCGACCUUUCUUUAAAGUUUUGAAAUCGAGGGAUCUUUCCAGAUGCGUCGGUAAAUGAGGACAAUGGUGUUAUCCUGACCGCACUGAAGAUAUAUUAUUUGGUCCUCUAGAAUAAGAUCUACAAUGCCGAGCCACAUGUCAGCUUCUGCUAUCUCAGAUUUCAAAGCCACUCAGAAGAUCCAUCAGCGCACUGCGAUCUCUCGCUGUUUAACCCGACCCGCUUGCAUCACUCCACUACUACCACAUCGAAGCUCGGUUUCCCGUCUGCCAAAGCAGUUGCGCAAGCUCCGAAGCUCCCUGCGAUCCAUCACGCCAAGUUUGUCUCUUAUCAAUCAAAGCAACGCCGUCGCUAGCGCUACAGAAGAGAAGAGGCCAAUUGCAGCAAGAGCCCCUUUUUCAGACGGGGACCGAGAUCUAGGCGUAGGAAAAAGUUUGCCAGGGGUCCUAAGGGCGAGCCCGCGGAAAAGCCGGCGAGCCAAGCAGGGGCGAAUCCUCCUAUUGCAGUCCGCGCUUUACUCGAAACAAGUGAUUACGCGCACUUCGGGCCGGAACCUGGGCGUGGUGUGCCAGUUAUGGGUGGACACUGUGAAGUGGGAUGUUGUGGCCCUCAGUGUGAAGCCAAGCAUCCUGUUUGGGGAGGAAGACACCAUCCUACUGAGCAGCCUGAGACAGGUUGGCGACGUGUUGCUAGUUCAUGACGAGACAGCCGUCGAAGAGAACGUCAGCUUGGAACAGCUGGGCUAUUGCAACAUCGUUGGAAGCGAAGUUGUUUCCGAGAAUGGCGUCUAUCUUGGGAAGAUUCGGGACUUCAAGUUCGAUCCAGAGGACGGCGCCAUUGCGUCGCUCGUGUUUGACGGGUUGGGCCUUUCCAUUGUCCCGAGCACAGUAGUCAGUACAUACGAGAUGGGCAUUGCGGAGGUCCUCAGCGCGGGGCCGGACCGGAUCAUCGUCCGCGACAGCACUGCUUCCCGCGUCAAACGGCUCUCUAUGGGCAUCCUCGAAAAACUCUCUUUGGCUGAGCCCCCCUGGAAGCAGGACGACGUUCUCUACAGCACAUACGCUCCCCCCCCAGUACCCCGCCCGCAACGGCGACCUCCAAGCUACGAAACCGCUCCACGUGGUCGCCCCGAAACGUCUGGACGGGUCCCCAGCAAUAGUUACUCGCGCGCGCCCGCCUACGAUUACCCAAAAGCCUCCGGUGGAACCGAGCCGCGCGCUGCGCCCGCUUAUGUGGAGCUGAGGACGCCCGCUUAUGAGCCGCCCAGGACGCCCGCUUAUGAGCCGCCCAGGACGCCCGUUUAUGGGGUCCCUUCUGAGCGGCCCAGAGGGCGGGGGGAUACCUUAUAUCAAGACCCCCGGCGACAGAAUGAGCCCCAGUAUAGCGGAGACAGAGGAGCGCCCUAUUCUGGGAUGGCACAAUCCCAGCAAAGUUCGCCACAAGAGGUCUCGGAACGGGGGGGUCAAAUACAGGGUAGAUAUGGGGAGGGGGCCAGCACUUUUGGCAGGGAAGCAUCAUCAAGGGAAGAAACCACCGGUCAGAGGCCGGUAGAAAGGGAGUCUUCUCCGGGGCGCUUCAGGGGGGCAGCUUUUGGGGCUCGGGGGAAAGCUUUGAACAGAGUCUCCGAGGGGUCAAAUUCUGAAAGGGCGUCUGAUUGGAACGCCGCAGUGGAACGGUAUCCGGAACAACGGUGGGAAGUUCCGGAGCCGGUGUAUCUCGAAAGGGGGGUGGUCCAAGCGAGGGAAAGAGGAGGGGUGCCGGUGGCACGGCGGGGCGUUGAACGGACGAGAACUAGGGGUGCGGUGCAGUCUGGCGAGCCAGUUUUCGUCGAACGGGAUUCUAUUCGGGAGGACGUUUGGAAGGCUGACGAGCCAGUUGCAAACGGGGGCGCGCAAACAGCAGGACCUUUUUUUGAAGGCAGGUCUGUCAGGGGGCUCGGAGAUGCAGCUUUCGAAGGCCCCCGAAUUGGUGCAAGAAGCGACGAGAGUUCAGGGGGGUCAGCUCGGCCUGGCUACGGAGAAGAGUUGCGAGGAAGUCCGCCCGUCAGGGGGGCUGGGGAAGUACGUGGCAGCUUCGAAAGCGGAACUGGGUAUAAUGCAAGUGAGGCGAGCUUUUCGGAGGAGAAACGAAUGCCUGGUUCGCCGAGAAAUCGAGAACCGGAACCUCAGAGGAGGGUGAUGGAGGAAAGAUGGGCGUCGACUGGACGGCCUGGAAUUGUGGAGAACCGUUCCGGCGCUGGGAGCCCGGAAGGCGAACGGAACGAACGGAAUGACGGUCAAAGGGAAAGUGCGAUGAACAGCCGCUUGACUAAUGGAACCGCCUUCUCGGAACGGGCUGCGAGCGGCAUUCCGGCUUUGGGCAGCGGAACAGCGGAUCGACGUGUUGACGGAGUUGCAGCAAGUGUUGCGACAGAAGGAAGGGGCCGUUUCCAGCCGGAUGCGCCUCGGUACAGUCAACCGACAAGAACGGCUGGUAGGGUCGAGGGUCAGAGUGGGGACGGUUGGAGCGUUCCCCGGGCACCAACAAGCAGACCAGGUCUAGAAGGGGGGGUCCAAUUGUACGGCGCUAGUACUCCCUCCGACCGCUCUGUUUCUAGGAACGGUGUUGAGAAGUAUGCCGGUCGGGAGAAGCCGCCUGGUGCUUCCGGGCAGCCUUACACUUCUGUCAGUGAGGCGACUGCAAGCCCAAGCGGGCGGCGGCCGGGCUGGCAAGGGGAUACUCGGUCGGCGAAUCGCGCUUUGGGAGUUGGGCCGCCACAACGAGACUUGAAACUUGGAACGGCGGGAGAUUUGGACGCGACAGUUGCAGAGCGCUCAAAUCCGAAUGCAGUCCAGGAGCGAGCGGGGGAAAGACGGCCCGUUGAUGGGCGCGACGAGGAGGGUAACCGGGAGGCGCGUUGGCCAAGGGGCCCGGGAGAGGGUCUCAAGCAGUUCUUGAGAAGAGAUCCGAGCGGGACUGCUUCGGUGACGUCAGCACGUGUGACGCCAUCGGUGAACGCAACGGGGGUUGAAGAGGCGAACGGAGCAGCGAGGCCUUUUCGGGAGUGGGUCGACAGGAGUCCUCGCCCGUGACAAUGCGCUGGCGCUGGGUUUUGUGAUUACGUAUGCGUGUUGUGCUGUUAGUAGACUUCAAGGACUGUGAGCGUAGGAGGAUGCUACAGCCGUCAGCAUGUAGAUCAGCAAAGAUGUCUGCAUCGAGAAGAGACCGUUCUGGAACAGAGAUCACGAACACAAUGUGGCGGCAUUCACUGAAGUUGACCUGCCAAUGCUCUUGCCCGAAACAUUCACAAACAUCAGUUAGUUAUAGAAAGAAAAAUGGGUGAAACAGCUAUGACAAUUAGAAGAGCAUGGACGUCUCGCUGAAAGACUGCAUGCUCAAGCAUGUGAACUUUAAAGCGAGUCGUACCAGCAGGCCUGUUGUCACGGUAUACCAACGUCCAAUUCCACCGCGGUAUACGUUUGUCACAAAAUUCAUAUUCUAUACGUCACAUCCAGCCGCCCCAGAGAAUCUACCAAGGCGCGCUCCGGAGUGUCCGCAGAAUGGCACCAAUCCAAAGUCGACUAGGGGGACAAAUCAGGCCCCCUGUGGAUCCUUGCAAGUCCUUGACAAACCCUUUGAUGAGGUGGGCGCAGCAGCAAGGAUAGGAAAGCAUGUUAGGGCAGAGAAGGGGCUAGGUAUCCGACAUCCCCAACAAGGUGAGUGGCGCUGGAAGCAAGCUCUGACACCGCCAAAAAGAAAGGGGCACAGGAGUGGG